AUGAACGCACAACUUCUGGUGUUAUUGUUGAUGCUGUUGGUGAUGAUGAUGGAUUUGAAUUCAAAUGCAGAUUCACAUGGGCCAUUGUUGGUUCGAUUUGAAACACAAAAACAUAACAUCACAGAAUCGAAAUAUAAAAUUAUUAACGUCAAACACCAUCGAAGGAUGAAACGAGACGAUGGAAGGGAAGAUGGAAAUGUAGAUAGCAUAAUAAAUAUUAAAAUUAGUGAUGUGAAAGACGAAAAUUUUCAACUUAAACUCAAACGAUCUCAGAAUAUCAUUGAUAAAUCUUUCGUAUUUAUAUCACGCAAUCAAAACCAAUCUGAUUUCGUAGAUAAUUCAUUCAACAUUGCGCAAAUGUACGGCGAUUGUUUGUAUCGGAAUGAAAAUUCAGCAUUUGAUUUGUGCGAUCAUGAAAUCCGUGGAAUUUAUCGCAUGAACGACACCGAUGUUUUCAUUCAGCCGCUUCCUGAACGAUUUGGCGCUGGUUCGCAUAUUUUAAUUGAGAAGAGUUUCAGAGAUUCGUCGUUUGAGCCAAAAGAAAGUUUCGUCAAACCGGAAGUCGUCAAAGAAUUAAUUAAAAAAAGGUUUAAACGAAGUCCAAUAAUUAAAGGUUCUUCGAAUAAACUUUUUCAUUCAUCGACACCACAAAAGCUUCCUCCUGAUGUGCUUCAUGUGGAAACUGCCAUUUUCGUAGAUAAAGAUUUGUUUCGUCACAUGAUUAAGAACUUUCCGAAGGACACUGAACAGCAUUUAAUUCGAUUUAUUCUUGCAAUGAUAAAUGGUGUUCAGCUUCUUUAUCAUCAUCCUUCGUUAGGAUACAAAGUUAAUUUCAUCCUAAAACGCAUCGAGAUAUUACACAAUGAAAUGAGUGAUUUACGACGAAGCAGUGACAUUGACAUUUAUCUCAACAGUUUUUGCUUGUGGCAAAGGAAAUUAAAUCCAAUAUCAGAUAAAGACGUGUUGCAUUUUGACCACGCAGUGAUUCUCACUGGUCUCGAUCUUUACGUUGUAUCAAAGAACGGAAAAGUCAGCAGUCAAGUUGUUGGUCUUGCGCCAGUUUCGGGAAUGUGCACACAAGUUUCAUCAUGUACGAUCAAUGAAGGAAAACAUUUUGAAAGUGUUUUUGUUGUUGCACAUGAAAUUGGACAUAAUUUAGGAAUGCGACAUGAUACUUUGGAAAAUAGUUGCGAUCCAAACAGCGUCAGAUCGAAGAAUCAAAACUUGGCUGAAAUUUGUCGAGAUCUUCAUUGUCAAAGAGAUCGUUACACAUGGACAAGUCAUCCAGCUUUGGAAGGAACUUGGUGUGGUGAGAUGAUGUGGUGUCGUAGUGGAAUUUGCACUUCAAAAUCAAAUGCCAUCUCAGAGAAUGCACACAUCAGUUCGAAGCAAAUCUUAGCAUCGCUUAAAAACUCACAACAAAAAUCAAACUUCAUUGAAGGAAAAAAGUUUAGCAGUUUAAUUCAGGAACCAACUUUACUUUAUACAAAUGGAGUGGCUUUUGUUUCAAAAUCAUCGUUAUGGAGUAAUUGGGGGGAACCAUCAGAGUGUGAGUCUGGUUGUCUUUAUGGAGAAUCUGGAAGACUCAAGGAAGGCAGUGUUGGCUUGAAAAUCUUUUCAAGAAAUUGUCUUGAUUAUCGAUCAAGUAAAAAAUGUCCAGGAUCUGAUAAAAAAUACGAGACUUGCACAGCCACUCAGUGCUUUAAGAUUGAUAAAUUAACGAUUCUUGAAUUUGCGAAUCAAAUUUGUAAUCGAGCUAAAGAAUUCGAUGGAGAAAUGAUUGGUGAUGGAUUGCAACAAGUUGGAAUUGAUCCUGAAGAUUCUUGCAAAGUAUUUUGCAAGACAAAAACUGGAGUGAAGUCAAGAACUUGGAUUUUUCCUGAUGGAACUUCAUGUCGUAAUGAAAAUUCUGAUAUUGAUGACAGCUACUUUUGUGUAAAUGGACGAUGCGAGAAAUUCACUUGUCAAAAUACGACAGAAAAUUAUUUCAGAAUCGAUCCAAGUUUUUGUCCUCAAAAUCUUGUUGCACAUGAACAAGAAACUUCUCAAAAUCAUGUUCUUCAGGAAAACGCUCGUGAUUAUAAAAGCAUUGAUUCUAAACAAAAUUCAACAGACCCUCCAUAUGAGACACAAACUGAACCCUUAUUAGACGACAUUGUUGAACCAGCUCGUUUGGUGUCAACAAUUUCGGCUGAGAAUGUAGAUUCAAAGUUGUUAAUCACAACAGCAAUCAGUACUAGAAUUGACCACUUUGACAGUCAUCCACCAGUCACCACAGCUAGGAUUCCAACUAUCAUGAAGACCCAGAAUUUCACAAACUCUUAUCCAGUUAAAAGAUUUUCUCCUCCUUCAACUAUUUCCGAUAAUUGGAAAAAUCGACAGCACUCAAAUCUGCAGCAAUCACAAUCAAUGCCGUACCAUUCUACAAACUUGUAUACAAGUUCAAGUCCAUCAUCAAUGUUAUCAAGAGAUAAAUGGAGAAACAAAUCAGGAUGUUAUUAUAGUUGUGUUCAACAUGCAAAAGGUUUACAGACUGUGGUCUCGAAAUAUGAUAUGACAACGAACAUUCAACUUUGUGAGCCUACAAAAGUCCCAUGUGAUCGUGUCCUUUCAACAUUUGACUACUCAACGAAUUUGUGUAUGAAAUAUCAGAUGAAAGUUCGAGGAUUGUCUGGUAAAGGAAUGCAAAUAUCACCAAGUGUUGAUGAUCCAGACAGAAGUUGUCGUGUUGCAUGUCAAGACAAGUACAUAUCUCAUCGUUUCUAUCUUGUUAAUGGUGAUCUAGGAUUUUAUCCUUAUGGAACUAAGUGUUCGUUUAAAACAGAUGACAAAAGAUAUUGUGUCAAUGGAAAGUGUCUUAAAUUUGGCGCUGAUGAUACGCCAGUGAAUGGACAUUUUCAAAACAUCUUCAACAUAAGAAAUAAAAGAAGCCUGUCGAAUCGAAUCAGACGACAUUACACAUAUUACUCACCUGUAAGCUUCAAUGAAUCAGUCAGUCAAGAAUAUUUAAAUAGACUUUUAACUAAAAUUGAUUUUCAAAUUGAACGUGAUAAAAACAAGAAACCUGUCGGUGAGGAUCAAAUUGAUCUAAAUAAUCCGGUUUUUGUGUAUUCAAAUGAGGAUUUUUGUGUAUUUUGUGACAAAUAUAAAGAUGAUUGUAAACUCAUUGAAAUGAAUACAAAUUUCUUAGACCUAAAAGGGGAAAUAUGUGAAUUUAGUGAAAUAAUUAAAAACGUACUCGACGCUGAGCUUCGACAUGAAAACUCAUUGUUCAUUUGUGAAGAAUGCAAAGACAUGCUCAUUCAAUUCCACAACUUUAGGAACGGGAUUAAAAAUAAUUCGUACUUCAUUCAAAACGAAAACAUUGAUAAAGUGAAAAUAUUUUUAGAAGAAACACAAGAACAUGUUUACUGCCUUCGGUACAAUAAAUGUCUGUCAUUGGUUCCAGAAUCAAAAAGACGAUUUAUGGACAGUUUUCAGCAUUGGCAACCUGCAGUUGUAAUCGAAAAAUUAAGUGAAAUAGAACCGCGAAGGAAAAAAAUGAGAAUGGAUAAAGAAAUAAUAAUUGAAAAUAAUCAAGAUAUUGUGACAACUGAAGAAAUAGAAGAAGUUGAUAAUUUUGUUAUUGAAGAUAUUUCUCAAACCACUAUGAAUGAAGAAGAAUGGUUGACUUCAGAAAUCCACAACAGUGCGGUUAAUGAGUAUAUCGACAACAUUGAAGUUCAUUCAUGGAUCUGUGCUCAUUGUGAAGUUCCUUCUAAAUUUACAGAUGAGACAGAUUUUCGUAAUCAUCUCAUUUCGAUGCAUUUGAACGUUGAACAAUCGUUCGAUGAUUACAUUCAAAUUGAUAAUGAAGAUCAUAUCACUGAUAAUGACGAAAUAAAUUAUCAAACAGAGGAUUCCACUUCAUAUGAAACAAAGACCGAAAAGAAUUCCGUAAACCUUGAAUGCAAGCAUUGCACCUUCACUACAAAUAAUCCAUUCAAUUACCGCAUUCACCAACAAACUCAUUUUGUUCAAAGAAAAAGUUACUCAAAUUCGUCAAAGUAUGAAAAGUUAUUCUGUGUCGAUUGCUGUUACCAGUUUACCACAAAAUCACAUUUUGAGUCGCAUAUAAAUGGACAUCAACUAUAUGAGAUUGUAGCAAAAUAUUUGGUUCAUCCAAUUUGUCAUCAGUGCAAUGUGAUGUUUUGUGAUGAUUCUUAUUACAAUGAACAUAUCGAGAAACAUAAUCAAGGAUUAUUCGGUGAAGAUAAGUCAGAAAUUGAUCAAAAUGACAAUGACGUGAUAAUUGAUGAGUCUUGUAUUACUUGUGGUCAUUGUUUGAAAAAGUUUACUGACGAAAUUAGUUGUAGACUUCAUCAAUUGAUAUUUCACGUCAAUGUUUUAAAAUGUCCUGUUGAGAAUCGCUUGUUCAACAGCAAUCAAGCUUACGGUAUUCAUCUCAAAAAUAAUCAUCCAGAGUUGUUUGGGGACGAUGUGAAAUUCCCUUGUUCGGCAUGUAAACAAGAAUUCAACACUCUUUAUGAAAAACUCGCUCAUAUGAAGACUUGUGACAAAAAGAAAUUCGCUUGUACACAUUGCGACAAAAAAUUUAGACUUAAAUGCUACUUAAUCAAACAUCUUCGACAAACUUCGGGACAAACUUCAAUCGCAUGCGAAGUGUGCGAUAAAAUCUGUACGGAUAAAGGAGAUUAUCAAAUUCAUAUCAGAUCCCACAGUAAUGAAAAACCUUUUGCAUGUAGUAUAUGUCCAAAAGCUUAUAAAACAUCGUCUGCUCGUGCGGCACAUCUUGAAACUCAUAUGGAAGGUGGUUUUGAUUGCAUGUUUUGUAAUAUCAAGUGCAAGUCUCGACGAAUUUUACAAAAACAUAUGAAGACAAAACACAGUGAAUCCAUCGAAAUAAUAUUAAAUGAUAAAAGUAAAGAGCGUGUCAUACAUCCUCAAUUAAUAAAGCUUGGAAAGAUAAAAAAAACUGUUUCAGAUAGAGUUUUAGCUUUCAGCUCAUUAAAUUUAUUUUAUAAAACUAAUGCUUAUUAUGCUUUAAUUAACCAGAGAAAUGAAUGA